AUGCUAUUUUAGUUAGAAAUUUAAUUAUUACUUCAUCAGCAAUUCAAUUAGGUGACAAAAUCUUUGGUUCAGCAAAAUGUUGUUCAGAUCUUAGUUCAUAUAUAAUAUCUCAAUUUCUAUUAGAUGAUGGAAAUGCAUAUUUCUGGCCAGGAAAGGUUUUGUUUUAUUUUACACAUACAAUUUAUAUACCUAAAAGAUAUAUUUUAGGAACAGAAAAAGAAAUAAUACCAAAUAAUGAAAUUAUUGCUAUAGAACACAAAUUGUGUUAUAUUGAUUGGUAUAUUUAUAGCAUUAAAUGUGAUUAUUUUCAUAUUAAUGAAUAUUCUGAUAGAUCACAAACAUGGCAUAGUGAGCAUCCAGAACUUUUUAAUGUAGAACUUUGGGAGGACAAAUUUUUAGCAAAGUCCUAUGAGUCAUUUUUGCCAGUUCAAAGGAUUUACUGCAGAUUU